AUGUCGGUAGAAGGUGAAGUAAAGGAUCAGGUCGAGGAGAUGAAAAUUGACGAGCCUGUGGCAGAGGGAGCAGAAGCUCCAGCUCAGGAUGCGCCUAAGAAAAAGAAGAAGAACAAGAAGAAGAAGAAAAACAAUGCAAGCAAAGAAGGAGAAGGUGACCAAGGCGACGCUCCCGCAGAAGGUGAGGACGCCGACGAAGGCGGAGAGAGUAAAUCGAAGAAGAAGCGCAAUCGAAAGCGAAAUAAGAAAGUUCAGCAGACUGAUCCGCCCACGAUCGCGAUCAAAGAUAUUUUCAAGAAUGGAGUCUUCCCUGUUGGACAAGAAUGUGAAUACCCUACUCAGUCUGAUAUGCGAUCGGCUAUCUGGAGGCAGACGAACGAAGAGCGUAAAAACGCCGACAAGCUUUGGGAAGAGAUUUGGAAUGACCAUCGUCAGGCUGCCGAGGCUCAUCGAACGACGCGAAAGCAUCUGCAGGAUUUCAUCAAGCCUGGCAUGUCGAUGAUUGAAAUUUGUGAGAAACUGGAGGCCGCUUCAAGAGCUACAAUCGGCGAAAGUGGGCUGGAUGCUGGUCUUGCUUUCCCAACUGGUUGUUCGUUGAAUCACUGCGCUGCUCAUUACACUCCAAACGCUGGAGAUAAGACCGUCUUACAGUAUGAUGACGUCUGCAAGAUUGAUUUCGGUACGCACGUCAAUGGUCGAAUUAUUGACUCUGCCUUUACUGUUGCGUUCAAUCCCAAAUAUGACCGUCUUUUGGAAGCUGUCAAGGAUGCAACGAAUACGGGUAUCAAGAACGCUGGUAUCGACGCCCGACUGAAUGAAAUUGGUGCAAUCAUUCAGGAAACAAUGGAAAGUUAUGAAGUCGAACUCGACGGAAAGACCUAUCAAGUAAAAUCGAUUCGUAACCUAUCUGGUCACUCGAUCGAGCAGUAUCGUAUCCAUGCGGGCAAAUCAGUGCCGAUCGUCGGCCCUGCUUCGGACCGAUACUCCGCUUAUCACGGAGACCCUCUCAUGGAGGAAAACGAAGUGUACGCCAUUGAAACCUUCGGCUCAACUGGCAAAGGCUACGUCCACGAUGACAUGGAUUGCUCUCACUACAUGAUCGAGUACAACAGCAUCAACGACACGCCACAAGUCAGAACUGGUGGAGCGCGAAAACUCUUCCACACGCUCAAGAAGAACUUCGGAACUCUCGCUUUCUGCCGAAGAUGGAUCGACAGACUCGGUGAAACUCGAUACCUUGGCAACUUAAAGCAACUUAUCGAUGCUGGAGUCGUCGAUGCUUAUCCACCACUUUGCGAUGUCAAGGGUUGCUUCACUGCCCAAUACGAACACACCAUUCUGAUGCGACCUACUUGCAAGGAAGUUGUUUCGCGAGGCGACGACUACUAA